CGGUGACAGCACUUUAAUUUAGUAAACUUACGUUUGCACCAGCAGCCUCAGCAUUAGCAAUGAGCUCUUCCUCGAGCGCAAACUCCAAUGGAACCAUACGUAGGACAAAAGUACUCUUUCUGGGCAUGAGAAGGAGCGGAAAGACCUCAAUACUUCAAGUCCUCUUUGAGGAUCUCCCUGUCAAACAAACCUUUUACCUCGAGCCCACCAUGCGCGUCGCAAAGCAUUUCAUUGAUACCGUCAUCCCAUUGGAGAUAUGGGACUGUCCAGGAAACGUCACCGUCGAAACACUCGGCGCAUCUCUCCUUGAUUUUUCUACUAUAGUCUUCGUCAUAGACAUUCGAGAUCUGUACCAACAUCCCGUCUCAAAGCUCGUAGAAUUCAUCGUCGCAGCAUGUCAGGUCAACCCAGACAUAAAUUUUGAGGUAUUCGUGCACAAAGCGGAGAGGCUUCAAGAGGAUGACAAGAUCGAAAACUUCCGCCAGAUACACGAACGCGUCAUGGACCGCCUCGUAGAUGAAUCCCCUGAAUUUGAGCAAUUCCCUCUCAAUUUUCAUCUCACCUCCAUAUAUGACCAUUCUCUCCGAGAGGCGUUCUCUCGCGUGCUUCAUAAAUUGAUCUACUCCCUACCGUAUCUCGAAGAACUAUUAAACGUAUUUUGCUCUAAUACAGCAUCCCCAAAGGCUUUCCUAUUCGACACGUCCAGUAAAAUCCACGUUGCAACAGACUCGUCACCAGUAGACCAAGCCACGCACAACCUUUGCUGCGACUACUUAUCCAUGCUCAACUCUUUUGGACCCCUGUACAGGUCCAACUCUAACAAUCCACAGAUGAGUCGACAUUCCUUAACACCGGCGCCAACGCCCCCACCCACAGCCACUACAUCGACCCCCACCUCCAGUACCACUCCCGCUGGAACACCACCACUCACCACCUUAUCGACAUCCCCCGCUCCACCCUCAAAACCUCACUUCUUCCCCUCUGCAGCUACGUCGCUAUCACCCUCACGCCCAGGGACGACGCUCACAUACCACCUUGUCACGCCGCACCUCGCACUGCUGGCACUCCUUCCGACGACAGUGUAUGAGGUGCGCAGGGGUUUGGUGGAGUGGAAUGUUGUAUGGUUUAGGGAGGGCGUUAGAGAGAUAUGGGAGUCUGGGUUGCGCGGGGACUCUUAGUUGGUGACACUUGGUGUUGGCCUGCAUUCUACUUUGAAAGUAAUGUUUACUACAGGUAGGCUUUGAUCUGGUAGAUGUAGGAUGAAGUUCAUGGUUGACUAAGAAAACCGACAGUCAGAAGUAGCGGUCGGGU